UGUGUCGCCCAAUGACGUAUUGCUGUUUUUGUGCCGUGUUUAGCCCUCAAAACUAGUUGUUAAUGUAUUUUUUUACAACAAAAUCGUCCCAAAAUCAUUUUGGAUUAACAAGUGCAGUCACAAAGUGUUUUUAAAACCAUUUUUGUAGUGUUUAAACUCCGUGUGACGUUUUAAAAGGUGAAUGAAACAAGUACAAGUCACAUAUCAUGUUUUGUAGCGUUCGAAACACGGAAAAAAUGCGUUGGUAACAUUAAUAUAAAGAUUUGAUUGUGAAUUUCUAAUUAUGCACGUACUUUUAUGUGUUUUGUGUGUUUGUGACAUUAAGUAGAACGGUGGAGCAAUGGGAGGCAGACUGGUUCACCCAUAUAGAGUGAAAAUAAAAACAAUUUGUGCCCAAGUGAUUAUAGGAAAAUGGAUUUAAUCACAGACCUAUCACCUCUGAGUCCGGGCCUGAUAGACGAGCUUGAGGCGUUCAUGGCCCCCGUCGGCGAAGGCUGUUACUCCACGCAGCCUAUCGACGCACGCCGACUUGGGGGCCAUCAACUGCCAGAAAGUCCACCAGACUCCGGAUCAGAGAAUCCCUACAGCCCUUCAGAGCAGGUGCCUCACGCGAUUGCAGUCUCCCAAACCGUCUUGGGAUCAGAUUACAUGCUGGUCCAUGACCACAUUCCUACCCAUGAGAUCCUCCAGCAAAAUGGAGAUUAUAUCUACGAGGAGUUGAAGUCAGAUAGCAUAGACCAUGAGGUGCUGAGGAGUAACCUUAAUGAUGUAGUAGUUCUGCCACAGGAUCCCAAUAUUGUUGAGUUGGGGAUCAGGACUGUAAGGCAUGAUUUGUCUAUGGAGCCUAUGUACCAGAAUCGGUACAACCAAAUGCGGGUGGAUAUGCCAGAGCUGGAGCAAGGCAUAAUUAACCCUCAACUGGUGGCGUUAGGCCACGAAACCCUUACUCCCGUCUACACCAACCUGCAGGAACCCAGCAGCAAGAAGAGGAAGCACUCCCAGGACGUGUCACAAGUCAAAUGUGAACCUGCAGCGCUGUCCCCAGAGUGCGUUGUUCAGCCCCGUCCCGCGCCCCCCUCUGUAGAUGGGUCAGAAGCUGGUGAUGACGCGCCGCUGCAAUGCAUCCGGUUCCAGCCCUUCCAGCAGCCCUUCUGGCAGACGCUGUAUGACUGCAACUUGAAGCCCACGCCAGCGCCUUCGUACGUGGUGGGCGCAGACAAGGGCUUCAACUACUCCCAGAUCGACGAAGCGUUCGUCUGCCAGAAGAAGAACCAUUUCCAAGUCACCUGCCAGAUACAGACACAGACGGACCCUCACUACGUCAAGACCGCUGAUGGGUUCAAGAAGAUCAACAACUUCUGUCUGCACUUCUAUGGUGUUAAGGCGGAAGACCCGACACAGGAGGUGAGGGUCGAACAAAGUCAGUCAGACAGAACAAAGAAACCUUUUCAUCCAGUGCCAGUGGAGCUCCGGCGAGAAGGCGCGAAGGUGACAGUCGGCAGACUCCACUUCGCGGAGACCACAAACAACAACAUGCGCAAAAAGGGCAGACCAAACCCUGACCAACGCCACUUCCAACUCGUGGUAGCCCUGAGGGCCCAUACAGCGAGUGGGGAAUAUAUUAUAGCUGCUCAAGCAAGCGACAGGAUUAUUGUGAGAACAAUGUCGAUUACCCCACAGGCUUCAAACCCGGGGCAGUUUGAGUCGGACUGUUCUGAAAACUGGUGGCAGCGAGGCGUCUCGGAGAACAGCGUCCAUUAUAAUGGGCGAGUUGGUAUCAACACUGACAGGCCGGAUGAGUCUUGUGUUAUUAAUGGAAACCUAAAGGUAAUGGGCCACAUAGUCCACCCGUCAGAUGCCCGCGCCAAACACAACAUUGAGGAGUUGGACACCGCGCAACAAUUGAAAAAUGUGCAGAGCAUUCGAGUUGUCAAAUUCAACUAUGACCCGUCCUUCGCGGAGCAUUCGGGCCUGCUCGGGUGCGACCCGCGUCGGUCGGCGCCGCACUCCGACACUGGAGUCAUCGCACAGGAGGUGCGCCGGGUGAUCCCUGAGGCGGUCAAGGAAGCUGGUGACGUCACACUGCCCAACGGCGACACCAUACACAAGUUUCUCGUGGUCAAUAAGGACCGCAUCUUCAUGGAGAACCUAGGAGCAGUGAAGGAGCUGUGCAAGGUGACAGGCAACCUGGAGUCGCGCAUCGACCAGCUCGAGAAGAUCAACAAGAAGCUAUGCCGCAUGAGCAUCCUACAGAGACGAGAUAGCUCCCGCUCCAGUGUUAGCAAUGACUCCCGUUUCUCGCACAUAUCGAACUCUUCAAAGUCUCUCUACACCGACGGCAACAUCUCCAUAGAGCAGAUACGAGACAUCGCCAGGAACAUACGGAAGCACGAGUGUUGCCAGAAACUGAGCCACCAUUCGCCCAAAUACACAAGGAAACAAUGUCGGAACUGUCACACUGCCUCCAAAUACGGGAAAUACUAUAACUAUAACAAGACUUCAGUCAGAUGCCAUUCUAAGGAAAAGGACAGUUUUCCGACAUACACCGACACAUUGGAGUCUAAGAAAGACGAUUACACAAGCAAUAUGAAGAAGAAAGGCAAUGAGAGUCACACGAACCUGUGGUUGAGGGAUGACUUCGGUUGUGACAGCUCCAAGCUGGCGUUUUGCUGUCGCAAGGAGCGCUUCGGCGACGCGAGCGGCGAGCUCAUAUCCAACAAGUUUCUCCAAGUCGUCAUUACCAUAUUGAUCUUCAUUAUGGCCGUUUGCCUAGUAGUAAUGUCAGCCCUGUACUUCAGGGAGCACCAGGAGCUCCUCUCGAUGAAAGAGAUCAGGAUGCACGAGAAAUUGUCCAACUACCCGCAUUAUAGCAAGUUCAAUGUCAACACGCAGCCGCAUCGGCCGCCUGAUCAGAACCAAAUACAGAACUUAAAACCGUCUCAACACGCAACAGUCAAGAAAACAGCAAAAGAGAAAGGCCCCCACAAAACGACUCCGGAGUACACAACAACUUCUCCGACUGAGAACUCCCCACACACCGCCGCGACCACGCUACACGCGUCCCGGAACUACGUCAAGAAUGUAUUACAUAUGGAACAAACAUCAGUACCUCCAAAGUUGGAACGCCCAGUAUCACUAUCAAGAAUAGCAGAGGUUAUCGGCAGUGGCUGCACUUUCAACGUCAACACAGACAAUGAGCUAGAUGCCGAAUGUCAGUCCUCCUGCGGUCUCGACCCGUCGCAGACCUACGAAAACCAAGAACCAUUAGAGAGAAACCCAGAAAAAGAACUGAACGAAACCUUCGCAAGGCCACUGGAACCAUUACCGAAAGACAAACUGCCCAACAUACCAAUAAUACCGGAGAAGAAUAAUGACACUUUAAAAAAAGACGAAAAAGACUCCUACAAAAUACAACACGACGAAAUGAUAGCGGAAUCCAACCUUCUUGACAAUACGAAACAGAACGGGACAGAAGUAAGACUUAAGAGAGCAGUUAGAAUGAGACAGAUGCACGCCGAUUACCAAAUCCAUCGCGAGAUUGGAGCAACCUUGCCAGUCAAAAAUGCGACUUCAACAAAAGCGAUGAAAACUGGUAAACUCUUCGGGAGUCAUAAAUUGGGACUGGUGAAGAAUGAGACGGAAAUACGGAUGAAGAGGGACAUGAGAGCGAGAAGAGAGACUAAUGAAGCUCUUCUAAGGAGCAGUUCGGAGGAGAUGACGCUGAGUGAACAAUCUGAUGAGAUUCCUGGAGCGAAGGAAUGCGACACAGUGACAGUGGGCAUAGCGAGCAAGUCCAUAACGAACACGACCCUGUUCGUGGAGCACGACGUGUGCGCACGUACCGUCCAUAACUACACGUACACCGUGCCUCUCUCCAGAUGUGUGCAGCACAAACACAUCGACAUUGUGUUUAGAUCUUCAAAACUGAAAGACUUGCGCCUCUGCGACCUUCGCUGUAAGUACGACACAGCCAAGAAUUGCCAGCUCAACCGCGAGAUCGCCAAGCUGUCACCAUCCGGAGACCUGUGGACUUCCAAGAUGACCCUGGAGUGCAACAUGGAUAGAGUCAUGAAGGUGCGAGCUGGAUUCAACGCUGUCAAGGACCUAUGCUACUUAUCACCUGAACACAAUUCGUUCGUCGAAUACAAUAUUCACAUAUACAGAGAUUGCCAUAACUAGGCCAUUCUAAUCUAUAAUUCUUUGACUAUAAAUGUAGUAUGAUCAAUCCGCACUGGGCCCGCGUGAUGGUUUAAGGCUCGAUCUCCCUAUCCAUCCAUAGGGAAGGCCCGUGCCCCAGCAGUGGGGACGUUAAUGGGCUGAUGAUGAAUGCUGUUUGUCAGAAUAUUAUGGUAGCCACGUGGUUAUAUUGACAAACCAUUGGCAGAGUUUAGAAAAAUCGACCUUAUUAUUACUACACUGUGAUCGUUAUUUCUGGCUUAUUCUGAUUGUGAGAAUAUUGACGAAAAACCACGGAAAGAAUUAGUUCCGAAAGAGUUUAGAACAUUUGACAUGUCCUUUCUGCCAAAAAAGCAUUGUUUUUCCACAAUAUUCUGACUAACACCAUAUGACCCUACGAAUAACGAUCACAGUACAGUCAUGAGCAAUAUAAUGCACCCACUUUAGGACUCUGUCGCACUAACAUAUUUGACAUUUAGUGAGACUUACAGUUCAGUUUGUCAAAAAAGUUAAUGUGACAUGGUACCAAAGUGUAUACAUAUUAAUGCUCGUGACCGUACACUACCUAGUAAUAUGGUCGAUUUAUGUUUGAAUCCUAAGUCAUAGCGAAUGAUUGCAAGAUGUAAUAUCGCUGUUAAUCUACCGCCAGUUAUGUGGUUCUCUAAAAGCAACUUCGGUGCUCUCCUCGCGGUAUAGGCUGUGACGUCUGUCAGCUUCGUACAGAAGUCACCGUCGACCGCAGCAUUCCUAUACAUCAGGGGGGUUAAAAUGGCCACAUCGAAGCAAUUCAUCUAAGAAAGCAAUAUUGCUAUUUGACAUUUAUUUGCAUUGCGCACUUUUAUAUGCGCAAAUGUCAAAUUGCAAUAUUGCUUAGAUGAAUUGCUUCAAUGUGGCCAUUUUAACCCCCCAGUGCCUUAAAGAACUACACCCUAAUGCCAUGAUCACACCUACCAAAUGGACGGGCGAGACAGUGCGCUCGGCCGAGUACUCGGUGUACAUGAACAUUACAACGAAUGCACAGCCGAGCGCUCGGCCGAGUUAUUUGGCGAGAUAGCUACUCGAGUUAUUUGGCGAGAUAGCUACUCGAGUUAUUUGGCGAGAUAGCUACUCAAGUUAUUUGGCGAGAUAGCUACUCGACCCCUAUUCUGUUUGCUAGGCUAAGUAUCCACCCCCGCGCUUCCCCGCACUGUCUCGCCCGUCCACUCGGUAGGUGUAAUCAAGCUAUAAGACUUCGUCAGCUCGGCGUCUUCUAAAACCCAUUGUUAACUCAGCUGACGUCAAAAUAAAGUCAUAAUUAAAAGAAAAAGCGUCGCAAUAAAUCUCUAUUUAACUUAGAAUCUCUUUUAGAAUCUAAAUAAUUAUUAUUCAUAUUAAAAAUGAUCAAUUUUGACACUUCACAUUAUGUAAGUAUUUUAGUAUUUAUAUCGUAAAAUAGAUUAUAUUUCUUACUUAUAAAUUAUACAUUCCAAAAGUGCAAUUAAUAUUAAUCUAUCCGUCCUGUAACACAUAUCUGGGUAACAAAAUAACUUAGGAAAUAAAAAAAAAACUAUAAAAAUAAUCUAUAAUGAAUCCUGGGGGGUUAAAAAGGCCACACCAUAGCAAUUCAUCUAAAAAAGCAAUAUUGCAAUUUGACAUUGGCGCAUAUAAAAGUAAGUGCGCAAUGCAAACAAAUGUCAAAUAGCAAUAUUGCUUUUUUUAGAUGAAUUGCUUUAAUGUCGCCUUUUUAACCCCCCCUGAUAAUAAUUAUCAAGAAUUAUUAACAGUUAGGAAACAGGAUAAAAAGUGCAAGUUAAAGAAGAUGUUAACCUACACUACUGCUUAAAUAAUGGAUUAGCAAGAAACUUUACCGCAUUAUGUUCUCUCAAAUCCUAUAUCAAUGCUGUACUAUUAAUCACAAGAAGUUUUUAAGUUUUUGUUUUUAAUUUUCUGGAUUACUUAGGUACUUACUUAUUUAUUCUCCCGCCCCUUUUAUCGCACCAUCGGAAAGUCUCCCGCCUGGAAGCAAUCUAGCGUGGCCCACUUGGAAGUCUUUAAAUAGGCUCCGGACACAGGUUGGCCGCUGCAAGGAUAAUCUCUGCAGGUAGGGAUAUCUGGUUAAUGGUUGCGAUGAUUGCGAGUGUGGAGUAUCACCACAAACUAUGGCUCACCUUUUGUGCUGUCCUAAGUGCCCUAACACCUGCACUAUUAAAGACCUUUACGAAGCCACUGACAAUGCCGUAAGCGUGGCCAAUUAUUGGUCAGCAAAAAUUUAGUAUCGAUCGCCAUCGACUCGCAAAGAAGAAGAAGACAUUUAUUAUAUUCAAACAUUGACGAAUGAAACUGUAACUCUCUUUUAAAAUUGCUCUACCUAAUCCGGGUCCACGCGUGUUGCUCACCUUAUGUUACCAAUCUACUACCAUGCAGAACGCAAUAAAUGAUUACGAUUACUAUUUUUGUUCCCGAGAGCAUAUCCCAUCCCAUUUUGUGACCAUACCACACACUUCACAUACUAUUUGCUACAUUUUUAAAGUUAUUUUGUUACUCUUUAACUGUAUUUAUCCAUAUUUCAGCUUAUAAGUAUGAUAUUAAUUAAAAAAAUGUUACAAAACAAACUAAAAAAUAUCACAAACGUUGGUGCCACAGAUUAUUUCUGUUUAUUACCUACAAAUGUUCUUAGUAAUUUGAAAAUAUAUUUAAAAUUGUAAUUUUUCGUUUUCUUCUUAGAAUUAAAGUUUUUUUAUUAUACAAUUUGUUGUUAAAGGAAUUGGUUUGUUUUUAAUUAAUAAAAAAAAUAUAUUUUAUACAAUUUUACUUGUAUCUAUUUUUGGUGGUAGCUAUUUUUUAAUUUAUUGGCCCUGAUACCUGGAGACACCUCCUAAUUUUAUUUUAAGUUAAACCUGUCAUUUUUUUAUCUGCCGAAAAGGAAAGUGACGGAUGAUUGACAACUGUUAAUUUAAAAAGAAAGAAUGGUUAACCCAGGUGAAUAAAUAAUUAUUAUAAGCAUAUAUAAUUCUGUCGGGUUAUUGGCCAAUAUAAAAAAUUGGGAGGACUUUUUAAUUUUCUUCAUAAAAUUGACGUGUGUUCCACAAAUUUUAUGCUAGUCGAUUGCCCGUCCUUUUCCUUUUCGGCGGAUAAGCAAAUGACAGGUAUAACAUGCAAUAAAAUUAGAUGGUGUCUACGGGAAUUAGCACCAUUAGCUAUUAAUUUUAAAGGAUUUGUCUGAUUUAGGUUUUUAUUUAAUUUUACAUUCCAGUUCUAAAUGUAAUAAAUUAAAUAAAUGAAACGUAUUUUUCAGCUUUAUUGUUAUAUUUUAGAAUAAUUUUGUAUACAUUAUUAAAUAAUAUGACAUAAUCCUUUGUCAUUUUAAAUUGUUUAAUUUUUAAUGUAAUACUCAACGCAAGGUUUUUUACAAUAUUUUUUGCAUAUUUUUAAACAUACUUUUAAAAGGAUUUGUAUUAGAGGAACCUUAAAUUAAUUAUAGAAAAAAUAUUGGCCGCUGAUAUUUUAAAAAGUAUUUGGUUUAUAUACUUUUAACAUAUUAUAUUUAUUUUAAAUAAUCUUAUAAAAAUUCGAUUUUCGUCACUGUGUAUAUGGAAAGAGAAAAAACGCAAUGUACAUUCCAAGCCAGUACUUAAUUAGAUGUAAGAAUUAAAUAAUGAGGAGUCAAACUAAAACAUGUCAACAUUCCGUUUAAAAUGUACAUUUUUCAUAUUUACCUUUAAAAAAAUAGUCAAAAAAAUCAUCACAAUUUAAUUUUUUUACGUUAAAAAAUAUACUUAUCACGUAUUUAUUGUGAAUGCAACAUUUUUGUUACAAUUUAUGAUUUAUUUUAAUUUUAUGAUUUUAAACGCCUAUUUAGAACAUUUUUUACAGUAAAUAAAAUGUUAGUAUUAAGAAAAUUACGUGUCUUUGACGUUUUAAUAAUUUGCAAUGGUUUCUAGUUAAGGUUAAUAUUACAUCUUGCCAUAUAAUAGGAGAUAUUCUUUAUAAAAUAUACACCACUUCAUUUUUAUAACGUAUUUAUUAAGAUCUGAUCUUCAGAAGUGAUCUUUUUUGUGUUAAUUUUCGUCGUCAGUUGAAAUUUUCAUUUCUCAUUGGCAACAAAAAAUUUGGAAAAUUUUGUUCUGGAAACAAGAAGAUAUUUAACGAUGGUAAUUUUAGAUAUUUUUGUGCCUAUCAGAUUUUUUUAUAAAUGUCAAAAAAUGCACUUAUAGGAUCUAGGUGUAACACUUUAAUGCAUUAGGCAACCUUUUAUAUGAUUUGUACUGAAAAUGGAAUUGAAGUUGCUUUAAAGUAUGAAAAAAUAUCAUGAGUUCAUUUAUUUACGAAAAAUCAAAGACAAUAAAUAAAGAAGGGUAGUUUUAUAAUUAAUUAUUUUUUGAAGUUUUUUUUUUCAUUUGCUUUUAACGCAAAAAUGCAUAGCUAAUAAAAUAAAUGAAUAAAAACAGAGCAAUCUCAUCCAGAAAUAUCAAUUUUAAUAAUAAAAUAUCAGUUUUAAUUCAGUGAUCGAUUUAUCUAUUAAAAUUAAUUUACGUAAUAAUAUUUCAUUUACAAGUGUUUGCCUAACCUUAAGGAAUUCUGCAUAUAAACCUAUCCUAUAUUUUAAAUUCAUAGGAAAAUAGAAAAAGUUAUUAAAAUAUGUAAAAAUACCACUUUUCAUAUUUAUAAUGACUUCAAAACCAUUUCAGUAACAUUAGGUAUUUCUUUUGAUAUAAAAUUCGAAUUUUGAUAAACGCAGAAGGCCUAUUUCUCAAAUCGACAACUGAAUCUUGAUUGGACCAAUUUCAAAAAGAACAAUUAUUAUAACUUAUGUAUAAUAAUGCCAAAUGUGUACAUGUUUUAAAAAAAAAUCUGUAAAACAAACGUUUAAGUCCCAAGAAAUUAUUCAUUUUAUAUGAACAUUUCGGAUCGUUAACCGGUCAUUUUGAAAUUUGUUUUUUUUUUCUGAGAAUUAGCCAUUUUGAAAAUUGGUCCAAUCAUGACUAAUGUCGUUUUGAGAAUUUGGCGUUCGGCCGUUAAGGGAAACUUGUAGGAUUUAGAUAAUAAAUUAUCAAACCUAGUAUAUUGUGUACCUACUAGUAUUUAUAAUACAUCCCUAGUUUUAGUACAUAAGUAUCCACAAAUUUGUAUCGUGUAAGAAUAAUGAAAUAAAAUGUAGAGGUUUCAA